AUGGCCAUGCCAUCCUCCACGGGGCCUCUGACCGGCGACAAGCCUGCGACGGCGACCCCCGAGGACGAGGAGAAAAGCGUGCAGCUGGAUGCUCUUGCGGAUGUCGUCGAGAGCCGCUCGCAAUCGGAAGCGAGGACGCCUGAGCCGUCGGAUCACCAGCGAAGCCCCAAGUCAGAUGCGUCGAGCACUCCCGGCCAUCUCCCGCCAUUCGACUGGGACGAUUUUGAGGCGAGGUACGAGAAGGCGUUGCAAGCAGCAGAUGCUCGCGAGAGGGAGAUCAUGAAGGAAGCAGAAGGCCUAUCCAAGGUAGCAGACGUCCAGGAUGCCGUCUUUUGUUUUCUCGGAUUCCGAACUGACGCAAAGCAGUACUUCCAAGCUUGGGCCGCCGCCGCUUCAUCGCAUGACGAUGCCCGGGCCGUGAAGAGGCUCCGGACUAGACAGCGAUUCGUCAACCUUUCGGAGGAAAAGGCCGUCCAGAAGCAGCAACACUACGAAGAAGUCGAUGAUUUGGCAGAGUUCUUCCACGGCCACUUCAGCGAAGAGGCCAUUGCCAAUUUCGGGAGCACGUUUGUGAAUCCGGCAAACUUCUUCCAGUCGCAUGAUUCCGUCGAUAUCAAUGAUGCGGGGGCGGCAGAGGAAGAAGAGGAUGAUCUAGGAUACUACGAGGAUGGUGUCCGCCGUACCUUGACCGAUGGUGAAAUCGAGUUCUUCCGGCAGUCAGAACUGAGGGAAUUGCGCCGACGAGAGUUGGGCUUGGAUGCGCAUCAGAAAGCAGCGACUCCUCGGGAGGGCAUAUCCUACGAUGGUGCCGGCGAGACGCCACCCCAGCAGCAGCAGGAGUCGACAAGUCAGCAGUCGGCCAUGCGACGCGGCAGCAGCAAAGCGAAGAAAAGGAAGGGCGGCAAGAACGUCCGACAUGAACCGAAGCCAGAUUUGCGCAAGCGAACCUGGGAUGUCGUCGAAAAGGGACUAGACACGCUCGACUACGACUGA